UCCUCCCAUUUAUCUAGUUUUCUUUAAGGCUUAUGCAAAUUCGCGCGUGAGGUGUUAAAAUCUUAAAGUUCCGGUUAGCAGCUACAUUUGCCAUUUAUCAUUCUUUACCAUCGUUAUUAUACAUCACUUGCUACUACGCCGACAAGUUUUCAAAUACACGUUCAUCGUGGCACCUGUGGAAAAUGUACACGCGUGUAAUGCGAUACUCGACCUUACUAUCAUCGUUUCUUUGUCUUUUUCAUGUAGAAUGUGUGAGACACACGAGUCCAUUAAAAAAAAUGCGAUACGUCAUAUGUAUGUGAGUCUUUCGUGGCGCGAUAACUACACUUUUGUGGAAAAGAUCACCACAAGGCAAUGAAGAUGAGUUUCUCUCUAUCCUCACUUCAGCCUUCUAGCAAUAGUCUAGAAAGGCGGAAGCAAGUGAGCAUGCCGUUAGAAAGACCUUAUAACAGUCUUACCAAAAAAAGAAAAGAUCCAAAACAAAUGCAAUGUCAAAGAAUGUGGACUAACAGAGAAGAUAGCAAAGAUGACUUUUGGGCUGCAAUACGGUCCAAUUAUGAUUAUAUUAUGGAUACUAAUUUAAUUGAUAGUUGUAAGGAAGCUAAUGGUGAAUUAACUUGGGACGAGACAGACGUAUCCACUCAGUCGUGGAGUUUGAAGGAAGUUAGUUGCCAAUUUUCAGAGCUUUAUUCGUGGUUAAGAGUCCUUCAGGAAUUAGUUUAUUCUAAAGAAGAAAAUCUUUUGGACAAAAGCUUACGUGCGGCUCACAUGGAGGAGUUGCGACGUAGGGCAUACAGAAGAAAAUUGUUCAAUGAACAAGCAGAAAAAUUAGUAGCAUGCACCCCUGCAUUAAAAGAUGAAGUGGCGUGGCGUGUUAAUCAUUUAAAUACAAAGUGGGAAUUAGUAGAACAAAUUAUGGCACCUGUAGAACGGACUGUGUCCGACGAACAGGACGUAUCUGCAGACUUUGAACACGAAGUGAGGUGUUUAAGAAAAUGGUUACGAGAAAUGGAAUCGCGUUUGAAGCCAUUGAGUUUUCACGUAGAUUGGACUUUAGCAGAAUUAGAAGAAAAGGCAAUGGAGCAUAUGAUACUCCAACGAGACAUAGAGGCACACGGGCGUAUCAUAAGCUCGGUCGUGAAGUUGAGCGAGAGAGUAUUCAAGCAACGACAGCAACAGUCGGCCCAAUCAUUAAGAGUCGCGAGAUCGCUCGAGCGUCGCUGGCAUCUUCUCUUUUUACGUGCUCUCGAGUGGCAGUGUCAUAUCGAAACCCUUGCAUCGCGAGCAAGUAAUAAGAGUGGCGUUUCUUGCCAAUGCAGUAGCGAGAGCGACGAGGAGCCGGUCACGAAACAGCCUCGCUUGAGUUGUAGUAGACAAUCUUGUGGUUCCGGAAGAGAAUCUCCUGCCUCCGUUGGUAUUACUCCGACUACAACGAUCAUUAACAGCACUACUACAACUGCAACUGCUACUACUACUACUACUAUUACUACUACUACCACUACCACUACUACUACCACUACUACUACUACUACUAGUACUACUGCUAAAUACGUUCGUACGAAGCAAACAAAGCAUUUUAGAUCUCGAGUAAGAAGAGAUUCCGAGAGAACGAACAGUUCAAGAAACGAAUUUUCGGAUAGCGAUGCUUCGUCCGAGAUUCAAUCUGUCGACGAAGGAUCCUACUUUGAGGAUGAAUUAUGUCAAUUCUGUGUGAUGGAUGCUAAGUUCGAGGAAGCAGAAAGUAGUAUUACUAGAAUAGUUCACGGAGUAGCGAUAGAAACAGGAGACCAGGGGGAAGAGGCUGACGUAGAAGAAGAGGAAAGAGACGACAUGCCGCCGACACCUAAUACCGCACCGAUGACGUCGUCUACGACGACGAUAAUACGAAAUCAGACGGCUGAACAGGCUAAAGAAUCCGUACCAUCAAAAGAGACCCUGAAAAGACGUCGUUCACUGACGCCAUCCACAAAUGCAUCGCCGAUUGAGGAGGCAGCUUCCUUUAACACAUCCGAUAGAAAAUCAAAGAACUGCGCCAUCUUUUAUUUCAAACAUUUAGAUACGGAUUCCGAAGUGGAUUGUUGUCAGGCAAACGAAGAAUCCGCAAACAUGGUAGAUGAUUCCUCCGAGGAAGAAUGGACUUACACAUCUUCCCGUGCUAAUAAUUAUGUUUGCUCAGAGGAGAGGAAAACAAACGUGGUCGUUCGAUUAGAUUUCGACGAGACGCCGCGUGUUAGCGUGAAUGAGAAGAUGCGAUUUGUAGAACACGAUGAUAGAAUGGCUGAAGUUAAAGAGAACGAAGAGGUUGAGCAGCGAAUAUCGAAGAGACAGGCGAAGAAUGUCGAUCACGAGGAAGAGGAGGAAGAGGAGGAGGACGAAGAGGAGGUGGCAGCGAUAGCGGAUGCUCCGGAAAAGGAUAGCGAUGACGAUGCGAAGAGCGACAAAGCUAGUAUAGGAAGAUUGAUAAAGGAAGUAGAAAAGUUGGUAAGGGAAGAGAGACAGGCUACUUUUCCCAGAACGUUUCCUCCUUUAAUAUUUGAAGAAAAAAAGGGGACAACGAUGAAUCACCGGGCAAAAUAUGCUCGUAUAAAGGAAUGGUUGAGAAUGAACUCAGCAAGAGGUCAUGAAGUUGCGAGGACAGGCUUAUUACAGCCCCUAGACAGCUGUGACGCGAGUGGGGAAUAUACGACAGAGGAAUCUGAUGGGGAGAGGCAAUCUGUCUCGUCGGAGGAUCUGCAGAGUAGUGUCGCGACCUAUCGUCGCUUUGAAAGCGGAGCUCUCGGCCGAGCACAGUCACAGUCGAUGUCGCAAGAAAUAAUUGAGGACUUUGAUAAAACGCCCGUCAAUGAAAACCGUUCGGUAUUGGAUAGCUGUACACCAAAAGUUAUAAUGCGUUCGAGACAAAAAACAAAUGGUCCUAGACCUUGGAGCGUUUCUUGCAUAUCACAAAUAGCGUCGAGUUCCGGAUUGAAUCAGGUCAAUGAUUCCAUCUCGCAAUUUUCGAUCUCGCAAUCUGAGACAGCUCUGCAUCAGCUCGUUGUAUCACCGCCAACUAAAUCUAUUUCGUUGGAUGCUGCAGGUUUACCUAAGUCAUUUAAUAAUUCAACGUCGACUUUGCUAGAGGAAUCAAUCAUAUGUCAAGACGGACGUACGGCUAGAAAUAGUUCAUUACGUAGGAAAAAAAGUAGGCUUAAGAAGAAACAUUUGGGUCGGAAAAGUGGUUCUAGUUCCGAAUGUGUUAGUGGAAAUCAUCAUUCGGCAGGAAGCGAUGGUAGUUUGAAUCAACAAAAAUCUCUUCGUAAGAUGAAUACAAAUCGAGUUUUACGUGCAGUUUCAAGGGAGUGUUAUGGACAUUCGACGACUCUUGUUAAAUCUGGUUCCUUCUCAGGAUGUACCGCUCAUCAACAAUUAAACGUUGAAACAUUGCCUGUGGGCGAUUCUUCACUGGCACUUGCUAUGCCUUGCUGUCGUGACUUGGUUGCUUCAACGGAGGCGGAAGAAGAGGAACGCAGUUGUAUCAAAGGUUGUUCCACUUAUGAAGACAGUUUAUUAGAUACUGUCCUUAAUAGCAAAGAACUCUACAAUCGACAAUCUAAUGUCGACAGUGAUGUAGAAAUGAAUAGCCUUGGUAACAAUUCUUUCUCAGAGCAAGCUUGGGAUAAUUAUCAGGAAAAAUAUAUGAGUGAAACAUACAGUGAAGCACCGGAUGUAGAAACAGCACGAAGAUUGUUGGACUUUGGAGAUGAUUAUAGAAACUUUCUCGAUAGUCAAUCGGAUUGUGCUUCUAGUAUGAGUGCUCUUCCUGGUAGUUCAUCAGUGAUGCCUCGAAAUCGGAUGCGCCAUGAAGUAACCGAUACUACCGAAGACAGUGAUAGCGACGUGGAUGAAAUACGUAAUGUCCUUGAAAAAUCACAAUCGCAAUGCGUGCUUGCGGAAAACCUUUUUUUAAGAUCAAAUGGAACUCUACCGCAGGAAAGUGUCGAAGUGGAAAGUGCAUGCAGGGAAAAUUUGAGAUGCCUGAACACAUUGCUCGAAUCUAUCAGCGGAUCAUUCCGGACUGAGAAAUAUACGAAGCAAGUUCGUGGUGCAAUAGAAAGAUGGGAAUCGUUAGCAUCUCGGGUGGAAGAAAGUCGAAUGGCGAGUUCGCUUCAUCAGGAGUUAUCCGCGAUGCUGCUGGAAUUUAAAGCCUCGCACAACAGGCUUAUGGCUUAUGAGAUUGUUUUGGAACAACCUCAUGUUCUAGAUGAGCGUAUUAAUCGAAUUACGGCAGAAUUGAUCGCUCUAAGGGAACGCAAGGCAGCGAUGUUGGCAUUGAACGUUUCGGCGCAUCGAUUGAUCACCGACCUAGGUGCCUCUACGUCUUUGAUUUUUACGGCUUUGAAGGACGGCGUAGCUGAUCUUUACAGAGUUUGGGACGAGACGUUUCAAAGAGGAAAUCAACGUCUAUGUGCUCUUCAAACUGUCCAACAAUUUAGCAUACGCCUGUCGGAACUUCAAUGCGAUUUGCGUAGAGACAAGGAUACUUUAGCGGUGCUGGACGUUGCUCUUCAAGCCGGUGCUACUUCGGAAGUUGCCUCUUCCGUACGUCACGUUGCUCGUCUUCUUUCAGAGAAGCAAGAGGUUCAUUCUCAGAACGAGACGGUGAUAAUGAAUGAUGCGACGAUCGUGGAAAUAACUGCAUGUCCUCUGGCAAAGUUUACUGAUCAGUCAGCAACGUUAUUGAGCCAAGAAGGUGGUUCACUAUCGGACAGUGGAAUAUCUGAUAGCGGUAGCGAGCAGGAGCUGAGCGAACGAGAACGUCGAUUGGCAGCUCUUCGUCGUUUGACGCGUAGCUUGGAGAAUCAACUUGAUCCAGGAAGCGAAGCUUUAACCGAACUUUGGAAAAGGGUCGAGGACGCUGAAAUCGAGCUACGUGAUUUACAGAAACAGUGUCGCGAACUGAUCGUUCGUACUGCAGCCAGCGUCGAAAAUCGUACUAUUAAAAGAAUGUCUGGUCAGCAUCAUUAUCGUACCGACAAACGCAAGAAGGCAUCUGGCAAUGGUGACAACAACAUUGAUGAUGAUGCAAUUAAAGAUCGAUCAGAGAUGGACGCUUAUGUUGGUACAACAAAAUCCGAGGACACUGGUGAUCCGGAGAACGAACCGGACAUUCCUCAUAGUUGGAUAUGGCGUAUCCUGAGGGCCGCAUUGCCCUUUCAGUUGGCUCUAGUCGCUCUUUUCUGUGCCGCCUGUCUCCUCGAACCACAUUGCUGCGAAGCGGCCAACACUCUCAAUCUCUCUUUGACUCCGCAGCUUCGUUACAUCAGAGGACCCCCUCCAGUGUAAAUAAACGUCGUCCAGUUCGACCGAUUCGUUACAGCACAGAAUAUGUGUGGGUGUUUGCGUGUAUGUAUAUGUGUACGUUUAAAUGUGUGUAUGCGUGUGUGUGUGUAUUUGUGUACAUAUGUGUGCGCGUGUGCGUGUAUUUGUAUACGUAUGUAUGCUCGAUGACAGUGCCGUCGUUCGUAACUUGAUCGACGACUUUUUUCUUUCUAGUUUACGCACUGCCCUCGUUGUUUUCUUGAUAUAUAUAUAUGUGUGUAUCUCUGUGUGUGUGUGUGUGUGUGUGUUAUAUAUGUAUGUAUGUUUUUGUACACUGCCUGCUUCGUCGUCAGAUCGACGAUUAAUUUUUCAUUAUGCUCAAAUUUUCUUACGCGAGGAGUACAACUGGAAAGAAAUAGUCUUUGUUCGAAAAUUGAUUCAAAGAUUUCAUUCGAGAACUUGUUUAAUCAUUUCGUUCGAGUUACGACGAUCGAGCAUAUUUUUAUUUGUUCUCUUCUUCUUUGUAUAUAUAUAUAUAUCUUUAUUUAUAGAAAUGCUAUUUAUCGAACAAAGAGAUAAAUGAGAGAAGACCGGGUAAGUAUAUAUAUAUAUAUAUAUAUAUAUAUAUAUAUAUAUAUAUAUAUAUAAAAUACAUGAACGACUAUCUGUCGAGAAAGUUUUCAAAUGGAUUUACUAAUUUGAUAUGAUUGAUAUACAAUAUAUAUAUAUACGCAUGUGUGUGUAGAAGUUACACAAAGAUAUAUACGUAUCUAAUGUAUUCGAGAAUGAAUACGAGGAAUAAUAUUUUUUACAGAGGACCGGUUAAUAUAAUAUGGCGAAUUUGAAGUCGCAACAAAUAAUAACGUUAUAAUAAUUACAUAGAAGAUCAUAAUGAUCGAGUUAUUAACGAUGAUAGGAUUCUUUUUUAUUUUUUAUUGUUAGAAGAAGAAAUAUAUAUUUAUUGAAAGACGUAUGGCGGACCAAUAUGGCAGCCGAAUAUAUCAUUUCCGAAUAAAAGCGGUUUGCUUUCGGAAAAUGAAAAACACCACGUAGAAUGAAAAAUCGAAAUUGAGUUCGAUUUAGACGUACCAGUAUUGCGAGUAUUUACACAUUAUAUGUUACUAUUCUCGCAGAAAGAUUUAUAUGAUCCGACUUUAAAGAGAGAGCCUUUUACUUAUCUGGGUAGAAGGAUGAGGAGAAAGAGGAAGUAGAAGAAGAAGAAGAAGAAGAAGAAGAAGAGGAAGAAGAAGUAGAAAAAGAAACAGGUGUAGAUCGAAGUAGUAAAACCGAUUUUGUUUCUACUGUCGUUUCUUGAGACAGUGACAGAAUUGGAAAGUAGGCUUUGAUUUGGUGAUAAAGCCUUCGAAGGAAUCAGAUAGAUGAUAGAUAGAUAGAUAGAUAGAUAAAUAAAGAGAGAAAAAGAGAGAGAGAGAGAGAGAGAGGGAGAGAAAGAGGAAGAGAGAGAAGAUAGACAAAGAGAGAAAAAUGUAAGUUUCAUUGGGGAUAACGGGAAAUCGUUCUGCGGACCAGUAUUUUUCUAUUUUCGUCCAGAUUCACUGCACAUACGUAUGUAUGUAGCUUGUUAGAACAUGAUCUCCCAUCACCAUCUUCAUUUCUCGUUACACCAUCAUCGUACACACCACGGCUCGCUCACGUUUUCGUCAUUUAUUUCGUCUUUUUAUUUUUUUUUUUUUAUUUUUUUUUUUUUUAUUUUUUUAAUGUUUUUUUCCUCAAUAUAAUUCUCUUCCUAACAAGAAAGAAGAGUUUUUCAUUAUUAAAAAUCAAAUUAGAUCGGAAGACGAUGAAAAUUCCGAAUGCUAAUUUGAAUUCGUUAAAUAUCAUGUUCAUCAAUUUUGUUUUUUCUAUAAUAAUGGUGUAUAUAUACGAUCGAUUACGACGUAUAACGAGAAGAUUAUCUACAAGAGAUUAGAUUUUCGCUUAUUAUAAAGCGUGUUACACUGCCAUCGUAGAAGAGAAGAGACGUUCAUUAAAAAAUCUUAUUUACUCGUUUAUAAUGAACAAACGGAUGUGCAAAGUAGAUAAAGAAGUGUUAGUAGGAGUAUUGUCUGUUAUAAUACAGACUUUGAUGCUAAUUGAACAGUUGAUAACGAAGAUCGACAACAAUCCAUUUGAAGGGAUAGCACAACUAUUUUUAUUUCUUUUCAUUUCUUUUUCUUUCCUUUUCUUUUCUCCAUUUCUUUUCCUUUUGACAUCGAUAUCACUUCGAUAUCGAGUCGCUUACUAAUACGUUAAAAAGAUAAAUAAAACGAUCAACUGUGUUUUUUACAGUUAAAGUAGAUAACCGAAAACGGUUUGAUGAUUCGCGUAUUUUUAAUACGCGAAAAUGGAGAAAUAUUUGUAAAGACGUGAAAUCGACAUCGAUUACUGAACAUGUCAUCGUCUUGUACAUACACACUCACAAAAUGAGCUUAUUUUUUCUUUUUUCUUUUUUAUUUCAUCGUUGAGAACAUCAAUUAAUCGUGUCUUUUGAGUUAGAGCGUAGAAAGGUAGUUAUACGCUUUGUGUAAAGUUCUUCAUGAUUUAUCAGAAAGACACAUUUAACAAAACAUUCUUUCAUUCACGACGAAUUAUGAUUACAGGACAAUUCUAUUGCAAUCGCGAUGAUGACUUCCGAUCUUUCGUACGAUGCUUACCGUGUAAGCGUACUCAUUUGUGUGUAUUGAAAAAAAAAAAAAAUAAAUAAAAAUAGGAAUAAAGUAAAAUAAAAACAAAGAUAAAAAUAAAAAUAAAAAUAAAAAUAAAAAUAAAAAUAAAAAUAAAAUAAAAAAAUUAGCAAUAAUGUAUUGCUAACGCUUGCUCGGAUUCAUUAAAGAUGACUAGCGACGCACUUUAAUCCAUAAUCGACGAAAUGCAUUUUGCAGACCAUUUUACAUCUUUUACAUUAUACGUUAUGACGUAUGACAACGACGUUAUUUGAAUGCAUUUUCAUAGAAAUCGCGUACAUCGAUAUUACUCGAGUAAGUACGUGUCGGUGUUUUAAAAGAAGAUUCACGAUUGAUCGUUCAGCAUUGAACGUUCGACGAAAAACUUGUAAGUUUUUCUUAAUUAAAGAAACAAUUGAUGAUCGAUCGAUCAAUAGAUCGAUCGUAUUUGUACAUUUAUGAUUUAUGUACUACAGCGAUAACUAAGGAGAGAGUAUGCGAUAAUAUCUAUCCUUCUUGCUCUCCUUUUAGGAUAAUGUGGGAUUUUAAACAAAAAAAAUUAAUAAAAGAAUGAAAAAAAGACUAAGAAAAAAGAGGUAGAGGGAGAGUUGAAGAUGGAGAUAUGAAGAUAAAAUAAGGGUAAAAGUUUGUUUACAUGAUUAACGACGAUCUAUCAUAUAUCCUACAAGUAUCAACGAAAUGUACAACUUUUUUUAAACGAUUUCCUCGUUUCAUUAUUAUUAUUAUUAUUAAUAUUAUUAUUAUUAUUAUUAUUAUUAUAAUUAUUAUUAUUAUUAUUAUUACUAUUAUUAUUUUUCUUUUUCUUUUUUUUUUUUUUUUUUACACAACUAUCUUAGCUAAUUACUUUAACGACGAUAAUUGUGUGUUGUAGACCAUGAUUUCAUCCGAAAGAUUGUUCACUUUUAGACGACAAAUAUAAAUUGACGGUUUCGAAGUCGUUCUUUCGAUAUUAUCAAAUAGUAUUACGUUUAGUAUAACACGGCAUUGUUCUUAAAUUUUUAACUAUUUCGAUGCUCCAAUUUUACGUUGUCCCUUUUGAGAUGAUUUUUAAUAAAAUGAUGAAAUAUUAUUCGAUAGAAUCGAACAUUCUACUUUGAUGUAUCGAAAUUGAUCGAACGACGAAUAUGUACGGAUAAAUUGCAAUUUGUUCGUCAGUCGAUUGCUCGAUUGAUAGAUUGAAAAAUAGAUAGAUAGAUCGAUUUCACCGUCUCCCAUUAAUAUUUUCUUCUCCUUUAGUCCAAACUUGAAAGUUAUCUUGUACUUUGGAGAUUUUACUUUGAAUAAUUAUUAAAGUAACCCUCGCUGAUUGAAUGUUUUUAUAAUACAUGAUUGAAAUUUUAUGCCCGAUUAAUGAGUAUGAGCGUUUGGAAAUUUUAAUAUCAAUUGGACAUGUCAUUUGAAUUAUUUUUACGUAUUAGAAUUUUCUUAAUUUUAAUCCUUUUUACGGUUUGUUGGGCAUCUUUUGUUUCAUCGAUUUCUCUUAUUUCCAUUUCAUCGAAGUAUAUAGAUAAAUAUGGAGAAGUAACAUAUAUUAAAAAAAAAAAAAAAAAAAAAAAAAAAAAGAAAAAAAAGAAAAAAAAAAGAAAAAAAAGAAAAAAGAAAGGAAAAAAAGAUUUGCGCUUUUACUUCUCACUUACAUUUAUGAUACAUGUAUAAAGUACCUGAGAAAUCAAAAUAUUUUACGUUUAAUGAUAAUAUGCAAUAUCUCUUCGCUUGCAUUCGUGAUGAUGCAUUUUUCAUUUCAUGUUUUUUUGUAUUUUUUUUUUUUUUUUGUAUUUUAUAUUGACACCCACUUAUCGUGGUUGUUUAAACUUACGAGAUGCGUUCGAUUGAUAAAUAUAUGACGAUCGUAUUCGCAUCUCCUGCAUGCGAAUCCUUUCCUUAAAAAUUAUUAUCUUUGAACGAUAUAAGAAUAUUUCUGUAAAAAAAAAAAGAAAUAAGGAAAAAAGGAAAAAAAGUAAAAAGAGAGAAUUACGAUCCUUACGGAAUAUUUGACGUUGCGUUGGUGUCUACAAGUUUUUUUUGUGUUUUUAUUUUUUUUUUUUUUUGUUUCUUUUCAUUUUCGUUUUAUUUUUUAUUACAAUUUAUUACUCACGCUAAUAUCUCCUUAUCCUUGCUGUUACUGUUUCUUCUUGUUAUUUAUUAUUACUUUGCUUAUAAAACCUGUAGACAAACCCACGAUAUCACGUCUCUAUUUUGUCUGGUUUUUUUUUUUUAUUUUUUUUUUUUUUUUUUUUUUGAGGAACUACUUGCUUUCUUGUAACGUGAGAAUGGUUCUAGAAUAUAUUAAAAUUAUAUUUUCAAAAUCAAAUUUGUUAAAGAAUCUGGUUCGUUAUUUCACUGAAGUUAAACUUUAAAAAGAGAAAAGAAAUUACUAUGUUGUGUUAAAGAAUCUGGUUCAUUAUUUCACUGAAGUUAAACUUUAAAAAGAGAAAAAGAACUACUAUUUUUCUAAGAUUUUAAGCCUACAAGUAGGGAAGAGCAUCGAAACAAUCAAAAACUAAUCAGCGACUAACGAGCGUGAUUCUUAAAAAUAAAAAGAAUAAAAAGAGAGUAUUAAAAUUAUAUUAAUGGUAUGCUGAUCAUUUCAAUGUUAUAAGCUUGUUUUUAUUUGUAUAUGUCGAAUGGUAACGAAAAGUUUGUCUAUAUGUUAGUCUCUUGACAAGACUUUAAAAAUUAUUAUUAAUUAUUUUAGUAAAUUUAUAAAUACAUAAAAGUUUAUAGAAAUGAACGAUAAAAUCGAAACAAUAAUAUUGAAAAAAAAAAAACAAUUUUUUAUUAUUAAUUAUGUCAUUGUUCUUGCAUACAGACGAUUUUUCGUUACUCUGUCUAUUUCGAAAAGGUUGCUAUUGAAUUUCGCACUUUUAUAGUCAUACAAUAUAUCUUCAAGUAAUACCUGAACUGUAAAACACGUUGCCGAGAGAGAGGAGGGGAGAGGGAGAAAAAGAGAGAGGGAGAGAAAGAGAGA